CCGAUGACGUCACGGGGCGGCGGCCAAUCGGCGGCGGCGGGGAGGGGCGCAGCGGCUGAGCGGCUGAGGCGGCGGUCCCGGUCCCGGUCCCGGUCCCGGUCCCGGUCCGGCCAUGGCCCAGUACGGCAGCCCCGCGGUGCUCCCGGACAACCCCUUCCAGGACCCCGCGAUGGUGCAGCCCCGGCCCGGCCCCGAGCGGGCGCUGGAUGCCUACAACCCCUUUGAGAGCGACGCGCCGCCGCCGCCGUACCAGGCCCCGUCGGCAGCUCCGCCGCCCGGCAUGUUCCCGCCGCAGGCGGCCGCGCAGCCCCCGCGCAAAGGCAGCCCCACGGAGCCCCGGAACUACGGUUCCUACGGCACGCAGGCCUCGGCGGCAGCCGCCACGGCUGAGCUGCUGAAGCGGCAGGAGGAGCUGAACCGGAAAGCGGAGGAGCUGGACCGGCGGGAGAGGGAGCUGCAGAACGCGGCCCUCGGCGGCACCGCAACGAGGCUGAACAACUGGCCCCCGUUGCCAUCCUUCUGCCCAGUGAAGCCUUGCUUCUACCAAGACAUCCCCGUGGAGAUCCCUGCUGACUUCCAGAAGACUGUUUCUACCAUGUAUUACCUCUGGAUGGCCAGCACCAUUGCUCUCUUCCUGAACUUUUUGUCCUCGCUGGCCUGGUUCUGUGUGGAGCCCUCGUCCGGUUCUGGGUUUGGCCUCUCCAUUCUCUGGGCUCUCCUCUACACGCCCUGCUCCUUUGUCUGCUGGUACAGACCGAUGUACAAAGCUUUCAGGAGUGACAGUUCGUUCAACUUCUUUGUCUUCUUCUUCGUCUUCUUUGCCCAGAAUGUGAUGUACGUGCUGCAGGCAAUUGGCAUACCAAACUGGGGAUUCAGUGGCUGGAUAUUAAGCCUGAUAGCACUGCGGGAGAACACAGCCGUGGCCGUGAUGAUGAUCCUGGUGUCCUUGUUCUUCACAGCAGUGGCUGUGUUGGGCAUCAUUAUGCUGAAAAAGAUCCACUCUCUGUACCGCCGGACAGGCGCCAGCUUCCAGAAAGCACAGGAGGAGUUUGCUGCGGGGGUCUUCUCCAACCAGGCAGUGCGCACCGCAGCAGCCAACGCUGCUGCGGGUGCUGCCACCAAUGCCUUCCGGGCACCCUAGCGGGGCGGGGGCCCUGGCUUCUCAUUGCACGUGGGCCCUUUCUAAGGAAGAGGAAGUCCAAGUUGCAUUUUCAUUGGAUCCCUAUGUGUCUGCAUCAGCUGUCAGAGGCUGCCUCAUCCCAGCUUGGAAGUGCUGGUGCUUGAAUUGUCUGCUGCUGCAACCCCUUUCCUCACGGAUGGAGGCUGUUCUGGUUUGUGCUGGUGCCCUUCCCUCAGUGGGCUGGGGAAGGAGAGGGUUGGGACAUGCUGUGGCCAAGCCCUGCGCCUGUCAUUGCCCUCCCUUCCAGCACCAGGAGCCUCCUCCAGAUGUGUGACAGGGACUGAAGCGGCUGUUCACCUUCCCUGUGUUGGCCAGGGCUCUCCUGUUUCCCCACCUGGUGAUGCCACUUGUAUGCCCUGGGGCACGAAGGGUUCGCCUGUGUGCCCGGCCCCAGGGCAGGCAGAGGCUGGCUCUUCCCUGGAGGCUUUUGCCUGCCUUCCCUUUGAUGUGGGACCUGAUUCUUUGCCAAGAAAGUUGUCACCGUCUUCCCCACCAGGGGCUUGUUCUGGGAGGCUGGGGCUGGCUCUGGCCCCAGGGUGCUGAGCUUGGAGGCAGCCCCCCCUCUGGUCCCUCUCCCCAUCCUCUCCCUCUCUUCUUUGCUGGGCUGAGCCUGCUCCAGGCACGGGGAUAGAGCAGGGCUGGGACAGGCAGCAGGGGUGCAUGUGGGGCUCCCUGCCUUCAGUCUGAGUGCCCGGCCACAGCCACCUGUUGCUGGCACAUGGGGACCCUAAAGCUGGCCUGGGCACUUGGGAGGGUUCUUGGUACCCCCUAACACUCCUUGGCUCCAGCAAGGUGGGGGCAACAGCCUUUCCCUUCUCUGACUGCCCUGGGGCCAUGGACCCCUUCCCUCCCUGGCACUUGACCCAGAACCUGCCCCUUCCUCAGGGGCCUUUGCCGUUCUCCCUUCUUGGGGGGCUGUGCCAGUCCCCGUGUGUGUGCCCUGUGUCCCUGCUAGCCCCUGGUAUCCUCGCUCCCCUGUGCCAGCGCCCUCCGGGACCCCUGGGACGGACCUCAUGAGUUCUGCUUUGCCCCAUCUCCUCCCUGAUGCUCCUGGGUUUGGCCCUGCGGCUCCGGGGCUGGCGGGGAGGUUCGUGCCUUCAUCCCCUCGCAGCCGCGGCUCGGCCCCGGUCCGCCGCGGGGGCUGGCGCCGGUGGGGGCGGCGGCGGCCCCUGCUCCGGCCCCUCGGCUGUUGCUGUGCCCGAGGUCAAGCUGCCUCCGGCUUUUAUUUAAGGAAUAAAUGAAGUUUUGCUCCGUG